AUGACAGACGUGGACACCAGCAUCCUCGAUCACGCCACCGGCCGCGCAGCAGAGCUCGCCAAGGCACACUCGGCCGAGCAGCCACUGAAGCUCUACGCGGGCUGGUUCUGCCCGUUUGUGCAGCGGACGUGGAUUGUGCUCGAAGAAAAGCGCAUCCCGUACCAAUACAUAGAGAUCAACCCGUACAAAAAGUCCCCCGACUUCCUGGCCCUGAACCCUCGCGGGCUCGUGCCUACCCUGGCCGUGCCCCAUGCCACCACCAGCACAGGCGACAAGCAGACAACCAAGCCCUUGUACGAGAGCACCAUCAUCAACGAGUACCUGGACGAGGCCUACACCGACAAAUCCGCCCACGGCCUGUCUCUCCUGCCCCAGGAUCCCUACCAGCGCGCGCGAUGCCGGAUCUGGAUCGAGCACUGCGGCAAGAUCGUCGCCGGCUUUUACAAAGUCCUGCAGCACACGCCCGGAAAGUCGACCUACAGCGCCGAGGAGGCGCGUGAGGCGUUUUGGGGGCCCAUCAGGACGUUCGUGGAGGAAAUGGUCGACGGUGGGCCGUGGUUCCUCGGCUCCGAGUUCAGCCUCGUCGACGUGACGCUGGCGCCGUGGGCGCGCAGGCUGUGGCUGCUCGACCACUUCAAACCCGCCUGGGGCGGCAUCCCCGACGGCACCGACGAGGAAAAGAAGAUCGCGCAGAGGUGGAAGCUCUGGGUCGAAGCCUGCCUGGCGAGGGAGAGCGUAGUCGCGACGUCGAGCGACGACGAGCCCUACAUUGACGUUUAUCGGCGCUAUGCCGAGGACAAGACCAACUCAAAGGUUGCGCAGGCGACCAGGACGGGGGAUAAGCUGCCUUGA